GAGAGAGAGAGAGAGAGAGAGUGAAGAGUCUGAAGAUGAUGGUUGAAAUGUGGCUUCUCUGGUGGCCAAAAACCACCGCCACCACAAGCACCACCUCCACUAACACCUCCGUCGCCACCUCCGCUGCCUCACAAAAGGACUCAAACUGCUGCUGCAUGAGCAAGAAAACCCUCUCUAAACUCGUCAAAAAGCUCAAGAAACAUGGCGCCAAAAUGCUGCACCAUUCAAACCUCUCCACCUCCAGAACCAGACCACCUUCCUCUUCAUUCCAAUGCCACUACGACCCUUUGAGCUAUUCUCUCAACUUUGAUACCACCGGCUCCGGUAGCCUCGUUGACGACGAAGAUUAUUACUACAAAUUCUACGCUUUCUCUUCAAGGUUCGUCGCCACCUCAAAGCCCUCUUCCUCUCCAACCUCGCAGUCCUAACCACCAUUUUUUAGGGUUUUUGGUUACAAUAUCGAGACUGAUAUCGACGUCCAACGUGAAACUUAUAACAUUAAAACCAACGUUUUAUGUAAUCACGACCUUUUUUUUUUUCUUAUACUUUUUGUAAGGUAUAUAAAUUUUGGUGGAAGGUUGGAAUGAUCCAUCUUCUUUGU